GCGGCUCAGGGAGCAGGCGGGGCCGGAGGCGGGGCGGCGGCAGGAAGGGGCCGGAGCGGCCUGGGCCCGGCGGAACCCGGCGGAGCCCGGUUGCCCUUGGCCAGGCACCGCGGGCUGCACGAGAACCCCGGGGAGCGGGGCGCCCCAGAGUGCACCUCGGGGCGCAGGAGGCAGACCCGCACCAGGGGGCGAAAGAGGCGCCGGGAGAGUCGCUGGACCCUCCACAGGCAAGGGCGGGGCCUCCGCGGCGCCCCUCCCACCCCCAAUCCCGGCCCCGCCCCGCCCCCGCCCCGCACUUGGCUGGGGUCCGCCUCCCUCCCCAGCCCGGGACCCAGCGUCGCGAGCUCCCCCCGGGGUGCCAUGGCCUCGCGGCUCCUGCACCGGCUGCGGCACGCCCUGACCGGCGACGGCCCCGGGGAGGCAGCGGCCGGCCCCGAGGCCGAGCAGUUCCCGGAGAGCUCGGAACUGGAGGACGACGACGCCGAGGGCCUGUCGUCCCGCCUCAGCGGCACCCUGAGCUUCACCAGUGCCGAGGACGACGAGGACCAGGACGACGAGGACGACGAGGAGGCUGACCCCGACCCGCUGCCCGAUGGGGACCGGGAGGCGGGAGAAGACGCAGGCCCAUCCUGUGCUCAUGCAGAACGGAGUCCCGCACCUGAUGGGCAGCGGGGCAGUCAGCUCCUGACACGGCAGUUGCAAGAUUUCUGGAAGAAGUCCCGGAACACCCUGGUACCCCAGCGGCUGCUCUUUGAGGUGACCAGCGCCAACGUGGUCAAGGACCCGCCCUCCAAGUACGUGGCCUGGGUCAUUUCAGAUGAGCCUCAGCUCUACACCCUCGCCGUGAUGGGCCCGGGGCCACCGGGUCGCCAGCCAGCCCAGAUCUCCCGCCGAUACUCGGACUUUGAACGGUUGCACCGAAACCUGCAGCGGCAGUUCCGGGGCCCCAUGGCUGCCAUCUCCUUCCCCCGCAAGCGCCUGCGCCGGAACUUUACCGCAGAGACCAUCGCCCGCCGCAGCCGGGCCUUCGAGCAGUUUUUGGGCCACCUCCAGGCAGUGCCUGAGCUGCGCCAGGCCCCGGACCUGCAGGACUUCUUUGUGCUGCCAGAGCUGCGGCGGGCGCAGAGCCUCACCUGCACUGGCCUCUACCGCGAGGCCCUGGCGCUCUGGGCCAACGCCUGGCAGCUGCAGGCCCAGCUGGGUGUCCCCUUGGGCCCAGACCGCCCUCUGCUGACCCUGGCGGGGCUGGCUGUGUGCCACCAGGAGCUGGAGGACCCUGGGGAGGCCCGGGCAUGCUGUGAGAAGGCCCUACAGCUGCUGGGGGACAAGAGCCCUCACCCUUUCCUGGCCCCCUUUCUGGAGGCCCACGUGCGGCUCUCCUGGCACCUGGGCCUAGACAAACACCAAUCAGAGGCUCGGCUCCAGGCCCUGCAAGAGGCAGGCCUGACGCCCACGCCACCCCCCAGUCUCAAAGAACUACUCAUCAAGGAGGUGCUGGACUAACCACACCUAGACUUAAGGCCACUGUGGGGAGAGGCACUGCCCCAGGAUGGGAAGUGGGGCAGGGGCGGAUGAGGACACGGACAGCAGUUGGGAGGCAACCAGGGGUGCUGGGAACCCCUAGAAGUUCCACAAAGGAUUUGUAGCAGACUGAAGAAAUGUGCUUCUUCUGUUGAGCUGGGCUCAGGACAAGCUUUGGCUAGGACGGUGCAGGGAGAAAGUCUGGUGCAGCCUCUCCAGCUUAUGAAUAUCUGGGGGCUGUGCCCCAGGUCAGGGUCAAUGGUCCCUUUUCCUUGGGCCUCCAAGCCAGCCUGGCUAAGGGCCAGGGACUCUGGCCCAGGAGUCCUGGCGUUGAUGGCUGGAGGGAGGCCUGCAGUUCCGGCCCAGGGGGAUUAAAAGGCCAGCAGCUCCA